AUCCAUAGACUGCGAAUGAUGAUGAUAGAAGAUGAUCCUCCUUUUCCCUCUUUCUUUUCUUUCUUUCUUAAUCCAGGAUUACUGAUCUUCGUUCAUUUUGAUCCACCUCGGAACAGAAUCACUCACAAUUAACAUGAACCUUUCAGAGUCACAUGGUAAAAACAGUCAACAGAAAAAAAAGAAAACUUUUCCUUGUUUUUAUUUGUUUUCAUUUCUAAUUUCAAACUAACUAAUCACAAUUAACUUAAUUAUCUCAACUUUGUUUUCCUCAUUUUCCUUACAAAUUAUUACCAUUGAACAAUUAACUUUCUUACUUGAUUGUUUCUUCCAGUGUUUCCCCAUACAAUGGGUUAAUUGUGCCUUUUUCUUACCGUAAUUAAAUUAAAUUUCUUCAAUAUUGUUACAAUUUGUUAAUUGUUGGAAAGUUGAUUCUUUUAAUUGUAAUGGUUAAUUAUUUUUCUCUUCAAUCAGAUAAACUAUAAUGCAAUCAAAUUGGUUUCAAGGUGAGACACGUAAUUAUGCUCGACUUAUUCAUUGGCUUGAAACGGGUCACCAAAAGACGAACUGUUCACAUCGAUAAUGCAAUUUUCCGUUUACAUUGGCUUUUUACUUCGGUCAUAUUGAUCGCUUUCAGCACUUUAUCGGGCCGUCAAUAUGUCGGUGAGCCAAUACAUUGUAUGGAGACAAAUAAUUUACCUAAAACAAUGAUCAACACCUAUUGUUGGAUCCAAUCAACUUUCAUCAUUCCUGAACCAAAAUCAUCGCCAAAACAAGGAUCACAAUCAUCUUCAUCUUCAUCGUCUUCCUUAACAUCUUCAGCUUCAUAUUCAUCGCAAGGUCGAUAUGGUGAAACAGCUCAUCCAUGGAUCAGAAAUUCACAAGGUUCCAAUAAUAAUCGAAAAUGGCAAACUUAUUAUCAAUGGGUUACUUUUACUCUUUUCUUUCAAGGAGUUGUCUUCUAUUUCCCUUAUUACCUGUGGAAAUUGUGGGAAGGAGGUUUAAUUAAGACGAUUUCACUUGGAAUGCAAAUCGCAUUGAUAACCGAUGAAGAGAAAGGGCAUAAACGAAAAAUUAUCUUGGACUAUUUUUACCGACACUUUGGUCACCAUCGUCUUUAUGCUUGUAAAUAUUUUUUCUGUGAACUUCUUUGUUUGGUCAACGUAAUUUGCCAAUUGUAUUUUACCGAUUGGUUUUUCGAUGGUGACUUUAUGGAUUAUGGACCAUCGGUUGUUUCUUAUGUUCUCUCAGAGAAUCGGACUUCCCAGGUUAACCCGAUGAUACGGAUGUUCCCACGAAUGACCAAAUGUCGCUUCCAAAAAUACGGUGACUCUGGAGAUAUAUCAACAUAUGAUAUUCUUUGUAUGUUACCAUUGAAUGUUGUCAAUGAGAAAAUUUAUCUUUUCCUUUGGUUUUGGUACAUCAUCUUGACCAUAUUCACCAUUUUGGUCAUUCUAUUUCGUCUUCUAAUCUUCAUUUGUCUUUCUCUUCGUCCAUACUUUCUUAAAUCACGAUGUCGUCUCUCCAAAACCAAAUCUCUUCAACUUAUCUGUUCCAAUGGUAAUAUUGGCGAUUGGUUUCUAAUGUACAUGUUAGCCAACAAUUUAGAUCCACUUUUAAUAAGGGAAAUCACCGAUGGUCUUGGUAAAAGACUAGAAAGAGAUUUAAAUGGUUCCAAAAAUCAUUUAAAUCCAUCGAUCAAUUGACGCGAUGAUUUCAUCGAAUUCACAAACAAUCAAAGUUGCCUUUUCAAUUCAUUUAUUUAGUAAAAAAUUUAACAACAAUAAAAAACAAAAUGUAAUAAAUAUGAAAACAUCUGAUUAACAAAAAAAAAUUUAAAUUCUAAGAAUUAA